AUGACAGACCUGAUACUCGACAUGCCAAGGAAGUGGCAAGUCUAUGACCGUGUAAGAGGAGUGGCGCUGUCGAAGGAGAGGUUCCAGUUUAUUUUCAAGUAUGAACACAACUUGGGAGAGGUGCUGAAGAAAAGAGUCUGGACUUUCAAUGAGCGGUUGGUAGUGAUCGACCGAUGGGUUGAAAAUCCAACGGAGGACUAUCUGCAAUUCAUGACAGUGUGGAUCCAGAUCCGUAACAUCCCAGGUAACUACUACACUGAAGCCUCGAUUUAUGCGCUUGGAGAUAUCAUAGGAAAGGUGAUCGAGAUAGCUUUUGAUCCAGAAAAGCCACAGAGCAAGGAUUACGUGCGUGUCAAGAAUGGAGAGAAAUUGGAUGGCCCCAAACGGAGGGAUAGCUCUUUUCAAGACUUUGUAGAGAUGCUGCAGACGUGUGAAAUGGAUGUGCUGCUAAGUGCUGGUGAUGGUUUUACCUGGUCUGGAGCCUGGAGGCAAGAGUUCCCUCAGGCCAAUCAGGUUAGCUCCAGAUUUGAUAGAAGAUUCAUCGGUAAAUCAAUGGUGAAAGAGGCAAUCCGAUCAGCAUGGCUGGGAACUCAUCAGGUAGUGCCUCUGAGCUUAAUGGAGAUACUUGGAAAAUGUCGUAAAUCCCUAAGCAAGUGA